UCGGCCCCGCUGCGGGCGCGGCGCAUGGCCGGCCCCGCGCGCCCCGGCUUCCCCGCGCGCACCAACGGCCGCCUGGACGCCUUCCUGAGGCGGCACCUGCCGCCCGAGGUCUACGAUGCGGUCCGCGCCUACGAGCCCUGCAUCGUGGUGUCGGACUCGGAGAACCACACCUUCAAGUAUGUAGUGCUCAGCGACCGGCUCAUCUACCUGACGGAGAACCCCCCCAAGUCCAUCCAGCGCGUCGUGGCGCUGCGGGACGUCGUGGCCAUCGACCUGAUUGAUGACUACCCAGAAUUUUUGAGUUCACCAGUUAGAGAAAUCAACCAACACAUUCGUAUCAUCUUUUCUUCAACUGUUUUGAAAAAAGACUGUGAGAAGUCAAAAGGUGUCAGGAAGUUCCUGUUCCCAUUUCGUUAUGCCAAAGCUAAGAAAAAAGUCAAGGAAGAAAAUAAUGGUCCUGCCCUUUGGACAGGCAAAGAGCCUAGAAAUCUAAAAGAAUCCUCUCUCAGGUACCACCCCGAGAGCGGCACACCCUCCAAGGACUCUGCUGUCUGUCCUUCAGACCUCAGGGAGCUGACUCGGCCCCUACCUAACCCCUCCAGGAGGAGCCACCACUGCAUACCGGCUACCAGCCAGGCCGUCAGCGAGCCAUCUUGCCCCACAAACACCAAAGAACCCCAGGGACUUCCAGAUUACAAAGACUCCUUAAGUGAAAUUCCUUUUAAGUGCAGUCAGAGCAGAAAUAACUUUUACUUCGGAAAUCCCCCCCGACCUUCCCCUUUACAGAGCGACUCACACCUGCAGAGAAAGGAGUCGGAACUUCAUCUGUAUGUUAUUUCCACAACCUCUUCAAUAUUUCUGCUCUUAAAAAGUUCAUGGAAAAAUUAUAUUCUAAAAGCUACUCUUUUACAAGACCCCUUGUAUGCUAGCGAGUUCAGUCCUGCUGCUGGGCGUCAGAAGCCAUACAGGUCCGAGGAGAAAAUUAAGCACUUCAGUCAACUUAAAUCUGAACUUUUUCUUAAAGACAAUACUUUGAAGAAGAUACUUCAUUUAAUCACAGAACUUAAAGUAGCAGCCCAGAAAAACUUCAUUCUGAAAAGGCUUUUCUGGAAAACCAGUGACCUUUUCAGUUUCCUAGUGAACAAGCUGCGUGAGUACUUGCCGGAAUCUAGGGAUAGGAACGCACUUCAAAGUCAAGGACAGCGGGCUGAUGAGCUGGUGGCAUGCAUUGAAAUUAUUCAGACCCUAGGACUGAUGUUCAGAGAAACAGAAACUGAGUCAUCACGCCUGAACACACUGGCAGCCAAAAAGGAAACACUGUUUAAUCUCUUGGUAAUUUUAAUUAGUGAGCCUCAGAUUCCAAAAUCCUAUCCUGUGUUUGACAUGCAGUUGGUGGCUGAUUCAACUUUGGUUGAAAUGUCUUUUGAUGCUAAGUUACAGAAGCUUAUCCUGGAAUACUCAGACACAGCGACGGCACUUGUAUAUGAGAUCCUUCUGGUGUCUCAGCAGGGGAAUCUUGGACUGGGUUCUACUGAGUUUGCGACCAGCUGGGUGAUGUCCUUUCUGCAAAGCUGUCCUCCCACAAUCACGUUUGUGACCAGUAUUGUGAGAAAAGUGGUGAAGGGGCUCUCAGCCCCGGCGCAGUGGCUGAGUCCCCGCCAGGCCGUCCUGUUGUACCAGCAGCUUUCCAUCCUCAGGAGCUGCCUGCAGCACAGCGGGACACUGGGUGAGCACAUCAGGACGGACCACAGAGAGGAGUUCAGGUACUUUAUUCACAUGCCAGCCUUGGAAGAGAGGCUUCCCUCAUGUUACCCUAUUACUCAGUCCACCACACAACUGUUCCGUGAAGUUCUGAAACUGGCCGCCUCGGCUGAGAAGUGGCGCCCUGGCUCUGGGCUGGUCACGGCGCAGCUCCGGGGAUGGCACGUGUCGUCUUGGCUAAAGCCGGUGGCAUUUGUAGAGCUGAUGACUGGACGUCUGCCACCUGCCUCUGUUCAGUCUCAUCAGUCUGACCCGUGUGGGCUCCUUCGCGUGGUCGGGGAGAGGGGCCAGAAACCCACAUUGCCACCACGGCAGUGCUCACAGGCCAUCUCUUCAGAGCCCACUGCUGAUCCCCUGCCUGCCCGAGAUCUGACCAUCACCCAGGAGGUGGCGCUUGGUCCCCGCGCGUCUCAGCGGGGCGGGGCCCGGAGGAAGGGAAGUCGUGGGACCCCUGAGCUCAGACUUCCAGGAGGUCUGGCAGCCUCCGUCUCUCGCUCUCGGAUCCCUGGAGGUGACGUCCUGAGCCAGUCUGCUAGAGGAAGCAGCCGGCAACUAGCCACUGUGACCUGUAGUGACACGUCCUUGCAGAGCAGGGCUGAGAGCAACGGCAGCACCCAGAAGCAUCUGAUCCCUUGGUCUAAAAGCUACGACGAGACUGACCAGGGCCCUGGCUAUGACCGCGAGCGUCACCCCGGCCACUACUUUCAUCUUCCGGCCGGAACCCUCAGGCCCUGGCGGGCCCGGCCAGACUGCGCCGCAGGAAUCGAGUCAGGCACCCGCGACGUCGCCGCCCUCCGGCCGGAACCCCCGGGCUCGGCGCGCCGGGCCCGACGGCCUCGAAGAACUGACGUCAGGCACCCGUGA